AUGCAUCCACCUAGAUAUGCCCACUCCAUUUGCUGCAUUGGGGCCGGAUAUGUUGGCGGCCCAACCUGCGCUGUUAUUGCGGAAAAGUGCCCCGAUGUUCUUGUUACGAUUGCCGAUAUAAACUCUGCCAGAAUUUCGCAAUGGAAUAGCAACUCCUUACCAAUUUACGAGCCAGGGCUUUCUGAAAUUGUUUUCAGAUGUAGAGGAAGAAAUCUGUUCUUUACAGACGAUGUUGAUAAGGCCAUUGAAAAUGCAGACAUUAUCUUUAUCGCAGUUAAUACGCCAACGAAAAAGUCUGGAAUCGGUGCUGGAAUUGCAGCAGAUACGAGCUUUUUUGAGAGCGCUGUGAGAAGGAUUGCACUUGUCUCCAAGUCUUCAAAGAUAAUCAUUGAAAAAAGCACUGUUCCCUGCAAAACAGCAGAGUACAUACAGCACAUUUUUAAGGUCAACAAGAAAGAUGGCGUCAACUUUUCAAUUCUUUCCAACCCAGAAUUUUUGGCCGAGGGAACUGCAAUCUGUGACCUGCUGAAUCCGGACCGGAUUCUUAUUGGCUCUUUUGGUAACACAGAGGCCUCGAAUUCGGGGCAUAUGCUUGCCUCUAUUUAUGAAAGAUGGGUUCCGAAAGAAAGAAUUCUUCUCACAAACAUUUGGUCCUCUGAACUAGCUAAAUUGGCGGCCAAUGCCAUGUUGGCGCAAAGAGUCUCCUCGAUCAACGCACUUUCUGCAGUUUGUGAAGCUGUCGGGGCAGAUAUUGGCGAAGUUUCCAGGGCUAUCGGGUCCGAUUCGAGAAUUGGGCCCAAUUUCCUCAGAGCAUCCAUUGGAUUUGGAGGAAGCUGCUUCAAAAAAGAUGUCUUAAACCUGAUCUACUUGUGCGAGUCAUUUCAGCUAACAAAAAGAGAGGUUAUCGGGAUCAAUGAAUAUCAAAAGGAUCGCUUUGUUAGGCGAAUAAUUACGAAACAGUUUGGUUGCAUUUCGGGAAAGAAUAUCGCGCUAUUCGGAUUUGCUUUCAAAAAGGACACCGGGGAUACCAGAGAAUCUCCAGCUGCAGCUAUUGCGGCAAGCCUGAUCAGAGAAAGGGCCCACAUUUCUAUUUACGAUCCAAAAGUUAGCCAAACCCAAAUUUGGAACGAUUUUCAAGAAUUUGGCCUAUUGGAUGAGGCCGCCACACUUACCACCAUCUAUUCAUGUCCGUACUCGGCUGCCAACAAUUGCGACGCAAUUGUGAUAUGUACGGAGUGGGAUGAAUUCAACCAUUUAAAUUAUUCUAAUAUCUUUGCUUCAAUGCGCAAACCUGCAUUUAUCUUUGACGGAAGAAAGUUGCUCAACGCAUCUCUUUUAUCCGCCAUCGGGUUUAAUGUGGAGCAGAUAGGCUCCUCCUCUUUUAACAGUCCUGCGUUAACGGCAGACGAUAGGUCUGCGCUUCCAGCCAGCAUGUCUAUCAAAGGCAUACCUGAAUAUGUACAGCAAAUUACAACUAGCGAGAAGCUUGUUGAAACCCCAUAUCGCUAG